AUGGCUUCUACCAAUUUUCAGAACGCGUUGAUGCGUCCCGCAAUCCUUCAGAUUCUGAGAGCAGCUGGAUUCCAUAACAGCUCUACGGCAGCACUGGAUGUGAUGACUGAUUUAGCGAUUCGGUAUCUCCUAUUGCUAGCGUCUUCCGCUGCUCAGAUUGCUUUCAACAACCACCAGGAUUAUAUUCCUACCGUUCAAGAUGUGAGGAUGGCUCUACUUGAAGCUGGCGCUUUGCGACCUCAGAUGAGCGUGCUGGAAGAGAGAGCCAAGGGUGAAGUUGAAGUCAAUGGUCAAACCGUACCAUAUGAGGACAUGCGAGGUGUGGAAGGAUUCUUGAACUGGGCCACAGGGCCAUCAAAUCGUGAGAUCAGACGUAUCGCAGGUCUUGCAGCGGGCCCCGGAGACGUGGUGGAUGUUGGCCUGCUUGAUGAUCACGAGGAUUAUGUCACAGCCUUGAAAAAGAAGAAUAACAAAAUAGGUGAUGAUUCUCGCUAUCAAGGCACAACGCUGGGGAAAGAAGCUGAGCAAGUGACGGUACCAAUCGUUGGAGGACCAGUGGGGAGCAUCCAUGAAUGGGACAGCUUACUGAGGUCAAGAGCUGUCUCAGUACAGUUGUCAAGCCCGAGUUCCCCUGGGAGCCUGAGCAGUGCUCCCGCAACGCCAACGAUGGAUGAUGCGUUCAGUAAUGGUUGA